AGGACGAGGCGCCCGGCGAGCCGCGCUCCGCGGAGAGAAAGCGCUGCUGGCUCAGUUGCGGUGCGGACGGAGCAUCACAUGGGAGCUGCGGCGGCGGCGGAGCCGGGCAGGAUCGGCGCUCCGGGCGAUGGGUGAGCGGGCGGGCGAGCGGGGCGGGCGCUUCGGGGCGCGCUGAGGACUAGCAACUUGCGCGGAGGCGCGAGGGAUGGGGGGCCAGAGGGGAGGGUCGGCUUGGACCCCCUGCGCUGAUUUAAAGUCUUGUUGGCGUUUAGGAACCUCUGCUGGAGGGGAGACUUCCGAUCGGGGGGGGUGGUGGAAAACUUUGGGUGUUUAUCGUGGGGAGGACACGCGUUUUCCCUCCUCGGAGAUCCAUUAUAACAGUUAGUUGUUUCCGGAGAGUUGUUUCUAGCGAGUGUAGGUUGCAAUAAAACGAAGCCGCUUCCUUUCUUUGGCCCGCUUGGGAGAAUUCUCCCGAAUCCCGUUUAUCCGCGAAGACCCGACUUACCCCGUCGCCUUCCCUGGGGGGGGGGGGGGGAGCGAGGAAGGGGCUUGUCUUCUUCUUCGGGAUGCCUUGUUUUCGGUUGUGUCCGCUUUGGGGCGGGGGGGUCCUAAGCGAUGCGCGGCUGUUGUUGUUUUUCUGCUCGGGGAACCACCGGACCGGGCUCUAGGCAAAUCCUCUUUCCCGUUUUGCGCGGCUCAGCAGAUAAUAAUUGGCGGCGAUUAAGUUGCAAAAGUCCCUGAGUUUGCAUUUCUGAGCAGGUGGAGGAAAGAACAGAGGGCGGGUUGCGGGAGGCGGGGGGGGGGAGCGGUCUGCCAAGCCAGCCAGUUUGCUUGUUGGAAAUCGUCUUAGUUUGCUGCUAAAACAAAACAAGCUCCCCCCGCUUGGUAUUCGGAACAUGGGGCAUGCCAACUCCGUCCACGUGACUGGAUCCUUAAAAAAAUAAACCCAGCAUAAACUUUGUCUGAAGUUUUCUUGUGUGUUUUCCCAGUACUUAUAAGGAGAUUUCCACCUACCGCCCCCCCCCGCGGAUUUUUAAAAGUCCUUCCUGGACUUUCUGGUAAUUUUGAUUUCAGUUCUCUUCUCUCCCCCCCCCUCCAAUUUAGUCAAUUUCAGCACUGCCUUCUCAUAUUUGGUCAUUCCUUUUCCUGUUGUGGUUUUUAAUCUCUUGCUCUUCUCAGCUAAUUUAUUGUGUCAGCUGUGAGCAAAAGCCCCCCCCCCGCAUUCCCCGAAGAGGCCUCCCCCUCCCACCACACUCCCGCCCUGCCAAUCUCAGCCCCUAAAGAGUUAAAAGAAUAUGUGCUAUAUUGAAUGAAGUGUGUGCACGCAGCCCUGGGUGUAUUGUGCUCUGUGUCAUUUCCUGAAAGUGGCUUGAUCUACAUUCUUUGAAGAUGCUAACGGCUUUCGGCCGCUGCUUCCGCAUCAGCCCAGAAAUGUUUUUCUAGGUUGUUGACCUUUCUCAUUUUCCCAAGAACAUUUUUUUUCACUGAAUGAAUAGCGCAUCUGCUUGUGGAAGGACUGAGCCGGCAGUCUCCUUUCUUUCAUCGGCUGCUUGGCAUACCUAGGAGUGGAAGAAAUUGUUGACCCUGUGAGAAAGAGGGAUACAAAUCGCUGCAAAAUAAAACCGCAUCCUGGCAUCAUUGGCAAAGCAGGAGCUGAGCAGGAGCCAGGGAAUUUGAAAUGCCAGCGGCGCCUCCGCUCUUCCAGUUCAGAAGGGUGUUGCAGUCGUGGAGUGGGGGGUCCUUUAAGAAAUCACCCUCGUUCACACACACGCUCCGCUUCCUUUAGGCUAGAUGCUGUUGAACUUUUCACUCCCAUCACUCCCAGCCGGCUUGUCCAAUGGUCAGAGGCAACUGGAAGUGUGGGGUCUGGCAAAACAUCUGGAAGGCCAGCGGUUCCCCAUCCCCAUUUUCAAGUGUCACAUCCAUCCAUUCCAAAUCCUGCACUGAGAAUAACUGAAUUCUGCAGCCUGUAUAAAAUCCCACAAGCGGAGUGCUUUGGCGGAUCUUCUCUCUUACUUUUGCAUAAUUUUAUUCUAGCGUAUUUUGCUUUUUGUUUCUCAUUGGCAUAAUCUGUUCUUCCUGGGCGAGACAAAUGCUCUGAAGUCCCGCCUCCUACCACUGACAGGUCGGAAGCAGUGGUCCGCAUGCUUUCAAGGAUAUUUCUGCACCUCGAGAGCUGGGGGGGGGGGGCACUUUUAUUUAUUUUUUUUAAAAGGGAGUGUGCUGCUGGUUUCUGGACCCACUUCCACUUUCUUUGGUUUUUCUGUGCUCCUGUGGAACCACGUCUCUCUCCUGGCGCUGGGCAUAUUAUGGGCCACACAGGUGUGGACGCUUGGGGCCAACCUACAUGUUAUGCAGGAGACCCACAACUGGCUCUCCAGAUGUUCUCUGAUCUUACACAUGCUAUAUAAGGAACAGCCCACACAUAGAAUGAGGUCAUUUGUUGGUGAUGCUGAGAGCUCAAUGUGCUUCGCGGGAAAUUCCCUCUGGAGAUGGAGUGGCCUGCUGGUCUUCUGCCUUCUCAGGCCGCAUGUCACGAUGCCGUUGAGAUGAAAUGCAGGCUGACAGUCUCGUUGCUUCACUUCCUUACGAGCGAAACAGUGAUUAAUGCUGCUUUCUUAAAAGCUAUAGGUGGGAGGCCAGAUAAGAUUGUGAAAGGGGCGUUGUUCGUGGUAGAGAUGCGGAAGUCCCAGGUUCAGUCCCCAAAAGCAUCUCCAGGUAGGGCUGGGGGAAAAGGCCCUUGCUGUGCCUGACACCCUGGAGAGCAGCUGCUGGUCAGUGUGGACAAUACUGGGCUAGAUGGACCAGUUAGCCAAUUCAGUCCAAGUCAGCUGCAUGUGUUUCCAGGGUGGGACAGGGGUCUAUAUUCUGGAGCAGGGCUGAGGAACCCAUGGCCUUCCACACAUUUCUGGGCUCCCAACGCUCAUCAGCCCCAGUUAGCCUGGUCACUGGUGAACUGGAGUUGAACAAAAUAUCUCAAGGGUUGUCACAUGGAAGAUGGAGCAAGCUUGUUUCCUUCUGCUUUGGAGGGUAGGACUUGAAUCAAUGGCUUCAAAUUACAAGAAAGGAGAUUCCGACUAAACAUCAGGAAGAACUUUCUGACAGUGGAACGGUCUCCCUCGGAAGAUGGUAGUCUCUCCACCAUUGGAGGUUUUAAGCGGAGGUUGGAUGGCCAUCGGUCAUGGAUUCCUGCAUUGCCAGGGGUUGGACUAGAUGAUCCUCAGAGUCCCUUCCAACUCUACAAUUCUGUGAUUCUGUGGAGGGCUACAGAUUCCCACCCCUGCUCUACAGAAUGGCUUAGGCAGAGACCACCCCUCCUUCCUGCCCCUCCAACUCUGAGAACAACAAACACAAUGAGCUCAUAGCCUUUAAGCUGUGCCUGAUUUCUAUGAUUCACCCUGAAGUUUUGAAACUGAUCUGUGGUUCUUCUCUUUAACUGUAUUUUUUUUAAAACUUACUGGCACUGACAAUCUUAUUUCCCCAUUUCAUUCCCUGAUGUUUUGUCAUUGUGUUUGAGGUUUUUAUUGCUGGGUUGUUGUUUUUUUAAGUUGCUUUCUCUGGAAAGAGGCUUCAAAUAGCAGCCCUGAAAUGGUUGUUCAGAGAUCUCUCCUUGGGCAACUGCCUUUAUAAGAUUUGCCAUGGCUGGAUCAGGCCAAAGGUCCAUUGAACCCAUCAUUCUGUUUCUUACUCAGCCAACCUGAUGCCUCUGGGAGGCCCAUCAGCAGGGCCUCAAUGUUGUUGGUCCCUGGCAUCUGGCAGCCAAAGGUAGAGUAGCCCUGAAGAUGGAGGUUCCAUUAGUCUUUGUCAUUAUGAGCCAUUGAAUUGGUCACCAUGGGUUGUAUCCAGCUAAGUUCUACUCAGAGUAUGCCUAUUGAAAAGAACAAACCCAAGUUAGAUAUGUCUGUCAACUUCAGUGGGUCUACUCUGAGUAGGACUAGCAUUGGUUACAACCCUAAGUGUAUUCCACUUUUUAUACAAGUCUUGAGACUUGUGGCAGAGAGUUCCAUAAAUUAACCUGCCAUUGUUCGACGAAGUAAUUAAUUCCCCUUCAGUCUUUCUGGAAGGGAGGACACCAUCCUGACCCCCCCAUGACAUUAUUUUACUUCCUUAUUCUGUUUCCUCAUCUCUGAAAUGGGUUUGAGGCUACUACCCCACUUGGGGCCUACACUGGGAUGGGGCACAUCACUCCAAAAGCCUUAAAUCUGCCCCAGAUGGAAGGACAAAUAAUUGGGUUGAGGUCAGCACAUUCCUCUCGCUCUCUUUGUCUCUCUCUCUGCUGAGGUUACAGACUGUGGAGCUGGUGUGCGCCCCUCUCCCACCCAUGCGUCAAUUCCACAACUGUGGAUGGAAAACAAUUGCUUUUAUUUAAGCCACACAGAGUCCCGCAAGCAGCUGUUUUGUAUGGUGGGGGUCAGGAGGGAAUUAAAAAAAACAGGUGUUUUUAGGACUGUCAAAGGAAACUGAAAUGCAGAGCUGUGGCUUCAGCUUGAAAACCAUUUUAGGUGGGGGGAGUUGGGCAGAAAGACCAGUUCCCUCUACUUCUCUUCCAGUUCACACGAGGGGUGGCUUUCUGCAGGCAAAGGCUUUGCUAUUCCCACUUGCACGGACGUUGCUCUCUUGGGUUUGCAAGAGCUUGGAGUGGCCAGUCUCAUGAACAGGUGGCAAUGGUGGGGGCAGAAGCAGCCAAGUCACCUCUUGCCCCCCCCCCCAAACCCUCAAAUGGUGGAAGGGGGUUCAGGUGACUUUUCUAGAUAAAUCAUUUUGGAGGUAGCGGGUGGAAGAAAAUCAGCUGUUUUGGCUUUCGUUCCCAAUACCAAACAAGCAUCGUUAGAUAGCAACCCCCCCAACCCCCCCUCCAAACCAGACUAUUUUUUCUGAAGUGAAUGAAGGGCAUUUGUCUGGAGGGGGGGGGUGCAGAGGAGAGAAAUGGGACUGUCCUGUGUUGUUUCCUCCAGCCUGUCUAAGCCUUCAACUCUGCUUCCAAUUUAACUUGUUUGGGUUUCAUGGGUACUUUACUCCCCCUGCCCCCCCCAAAAAAACCCACCCACAUUUUUCAUAAAAGAUGUUCACCCUGGCACUGAGUUGGGGGGGUUUACCAGUGUCACCUCCCCAUGCCUCCUUUAAUUCCUUGUGAAGGCUUAAUGGGGGGGCUAAGCUGGUUUCUCCCUCCCCACCCUUUCCUUUUUUUUCUUUCGUUUGUUUCCCAAAGUUGUCAUCAUGUCCAGUAAUCCUCUCAGAAGCUGGACUUGUUUUGGCUGCCGUGGGCUAUGAUCUCAUUUCCAGAGAACAUUAAACUGGAAGGCUUCCCCCUCCUUUUUAUAAUUCUCUUCUUCUUUCUCUGCCCCCCCCCCCCCUGCCUCAUUGUACAGUAUGUGAGUGUUUGGGGUGAGCUCACUGACUCCUGCAGGGGGUCUGAGAGGGAAGGAAACAUACAAACUCUUUUAGCAAACAUGAGCUGGAAAUGGAUGAGGGGGCAGAGGACUGGAAAGGGCUCUGUUUUCCUCCAGAGCCAGAGCCAGCAGCCUGCCUCUUCCUCUGCUCCCGGGUUUGGAGUUUUUGUGUGCCCAAAGUACUUUUUGUUGAUUUUUUAGACAGCUAUUGCAGUGUCAUGUGCUAGGAGCCCAGUCACUGAAGUGGAUUAAAGUUUUCCAAAACGGAGAAGGUUUUUACAUAGAUGACCACAGGUCAACAGAGGCAAAGGAGAAAGGGCUUACAGCAAGUGUGGAGACAACAUACAUAAAAAUAAAACAUGGAAUAGGAAUGAAUAAAAAAAGGUUACAUUUUCCAAAUAAAUAGAGAGCAAAUAAUGUAGAAAAAUAAAAUAACAAAACACGUCACAAAAGCCAAAUCUCACAAUUUGGUGUGGGGUGAGAGCUUUGCGUAUUUGAAUUUGGCACAUUUGGAGUGAUUAAAGCCUUCUGCGCCCCAUUGCUAGUCUCCCCCUUGCCCCCCCCCCAUUGACAUGUGGUGGUGAAUAGUGUGCAGUUGGCUUGCAGGGAAGGGUGAAAUGUUUGGGAAAGGGACAAAAGUGGCCAGAAAUAUGGGGGGGGGGUGUGAGGUGGGUAAAACAUUUGCCACCCCCAGCCUCUUCCCACCCCCACCCCGUCUGCUUUGCCUCUUUUUAGAAAUGGGCCUUUUCUCCACCGGGGAGGAUUGUAAAUUUGUGGGCGCACCACCUCGCUUAUGUGCCCACUGUGUGCAACGCCCUCCCAUCAGAUGUCAAGCAGGUAAAGAACUCUAUGACUUUUAGAAGAGAUGUGAAGGCAGGGAAGUUUCUAAUGGUUAUCUUACUGUAUUUUUAUUAUUUUAUUGGGAGCCACCCGGAGUGGCUGGGACAACUCAGAUGGGUGGCAUAUAAGUAUCAUCAUCAUCAUCACCAUCAUCUCUGUGAGUUACCGUUCCUGAUGACUGUAUGCAAGUAGUAUUUUCUAGGCCCUUCCAAUAAGUAAGAGCAUCUCUUGGUUUAUCUUCUGCACUUUGUCAGCUUCUUCCCUGCUCUCCUUCCUACGUCACAACCUUCCACAAAAAGCCCUGAUGCAGCUCUUCCAAAUGAUGAUGUGUGCCACUAUCAGCUGGAAGUAGCUUGUUCCUGGGAAGGCACAAUAACCGCCAUUCUCCCGGGAUGCUCUCUGAAAGAAACACCAAUUUGGUUUUCUUGGACAGGAUUCAAGUAAAGUUAAGGCUGGCCAAGGAUGCAGAAGACUUCCCAAAAUAUUGUCAAGUGCUGCUUUGUUCUGGCUAGUGAGAGAGGAUGAUGGACAUGUUUUGAGUGUCCAGAGUCCCUCAGAAAUAUUACCGCAGUAAAUCUUCCAAUAAGUCUGUCAGAAUUGCCACUGUAUUGCAGAUGGAAAGCUCAGGAUCACGGACUGUGGGUCGCCUCAGGCCACAGAGAGAGUGUGGAUCUGGUGAGAUCUGAACCAGAUUCUGUCCUCUGUGAAUUUUAUGUACCGAAUGUUCUCCAGCUACUCCCUGUAUGUUUAAUAUUCACUGAGUAUUCAGUAGUUGUUUUGACAUGUGGCAAUAUUUUGAUUUCACUGUUUCUUGCUUGGCAUUUGGCAGUAUUUCAUAGCAGACAAGAAACGGUGGUUUUGAGUGUUGGCAGGAGGUAAUAUUUGACUGAUAACGUUCAGUGGGAUUUAGCAGUUGACAGUUGACGCUUGCCAGAAACCAGACAAGAUACUGAAAGGCCUGAAAACACUUGAAUUUUGAGGUAAAAUUUCUCUCUGUUUCUGAAUUUCAUGUUAAAUGGUGAAAUUGAAGACUUGGGUGAAUUCUUGAGAACAUUCUGUUGACUUUGUGGUGAUAAUCCUUUGGUGAAUGGAUGAGGGAAGGACCGUAACUCAGUGCGUAGAGCAUCAUCUGCUUUGCAUGCAGAAGGUCCCAGGUUCAGUCUCCAGCAUCUCCCAGGCGGGGCAGGGAGUGAGUUCCACUGUCUGAAACCUGGAGAGCCACUGCCAGUCAUAGUAGACAAUGUGGAGCUUGAGGGAUUGUUGGUCUUACUCUGUAUGAGGUGCCUUCCUAAAAAUUCUUUCUUAACUAGUAUUUUUGAAUCGUCACUUUUAAUUAUGUAGUUUUUGAUAGUUCUUUAGUUAUGUAAAUUUUUGCAAGUUUUUUCUCCUGUAAACGCUUUGGUGUAAAUUGAGUCAUAAAAGGUUCAAAUAUUUGUGGACACUCAUUUUACCCUUGCUCCAUUUUAAUCAUUUUGGCAGGAGAGGCACAGAUUAACAUAAAAUGGUUAUGCAGCCGAAAAGGUGGUAUUCCCUGACUUGGAUGAAAGCUUCAAAAGUGAGGCUUUUUCACUUUCCCAAGUAUCAGGAGAGUUGUUUUGCUGCCUGCAGCCCAUCUUGGCUUCACCCUCCCUCAGCUGCACUGUCAGGCGGAAAUGAUGGGUGUAUUCAGCAAACCCCUGACUGCGCAAGAGGCUCCCUGCGUCUCCACAUGCAAAAAGGAGGUGAUUUUUGCAUUGAGAGUGGACUUUGGAGGGCUUGCUUGUGGCAGUUGGUUGACGAGCGUCUAGGAGGGAAGGAUGUGGCUGGUGGGGGCAAGGCUCACACCAUUCCGGAAACCACCUUGAAAGCGAAAGUGGAAACUCUGUAGUCUUGCCCGUCUGCCGUAUUCGCACUUGCUCUUGUGUGCAAUUGCACCUCCAAGCAGGAAACCAUUGAGUUGCAUGCGUCAAAGGAGACAUCUCUUCUAAGAAAACCGCUCCAGUGGAGUCUCAGCUGGGGCCCCACCUUAGAGCCAAGCAUUGCUGUCUCCUGCCCAGAAUUUCUUGUCGGAGGCAGACCAUGGAGGAGACAUAGAUUCUGGGUGCUGUUGAGGCAGAGCAGCAGGAGAUGGAGACAGCUAAUCCAUGGGCCACGUGGGGCCUGCAGGCAGAGGUUGAGAUUUAGACCACAUUUGUACCACACAUUUUAAGCAGUACAAUACCACUUUAAAUAGUCAUGGUUUUCCCCAAGGGAUUAUGAGAGCUGCAGUUUGUUAAGGGCGAUGAGGGUUUCCCCUCACAGAGUAAUAGUUCUCAAAGUGGCUUCAUCCCUCUUUCCUGGAGACUCCGGGAAUUGUACCUCUGUGAGGAAAAUAGGGGCCUCCUAGCAACUCUCAGCCCUUAGCAAAUGGCACUUUCCAGGAUGCUUCUGAGGAAGCCAUGGUGGUGUAAAUUGGUAGCAUAGCACUUAAAUGUAUGGAGUGAAUGUGGCCUUGUGGUGGUGGAGGAGAAAAGGCAGCAGGUGGCCAAAUGCUGACUGGAGGUUGCUCCUCAACGUUUUGGGCAGUGCUGUUUCACGUCUGCUUUCAAAACACUUUGUCACGUUGUGUGUUGUUCAGUUUCAUUUCUGCUGACUGAUCCCUUUUCCUUAACUGGAGAUUCCAGAAUCAAAUCUGAUUUUGCCUUCGUACGAAGCACCUCUGAACUGAGGAGCAGGUGGUGGUGGGCAGUAGGCCUAUGGCUAAAAGACCCCUGCCCCAUCUGCUGGCAGCCUCUCCUCUGCCUCAAAUGUCUUCAGGGGGUGUUUCCUCCUUGGUCUUCCUGAGGUGGGUUUGGAUAUUGCUGGGAUUUAGGGUAGGGGUCCCUGUCACUCAAGGUCUCUUGAUUUGAGGGGAAUGGGACUUGGAUCUUGGUUCUUAAUGGCUUCUCAACUCUUCUCCCUUGAUGCAGCACCCAGCCUUAAAGGCAAGCGGAAAAAGAAGACCAUUCCCAUGGCUGAGAGCGAAUCCCAGAAUGCUCUGGUGCUGUCCCUGGCAGAAGAGACCGCAGUGGGAAGCCCUGGCGCUGAAGAGCCUCAAAACGCGCCAGAGAAGCUGGAAGAAGUGGUGAGUGAAAAUUGUAAUAAUAAUUGCAUCACAAAAGCCAAGAAUUGAAUCCUAACACAUCUGUGAUGAUAUUCUUUCAAAACCUUUAGAUCCUGGCCUUUGCAAAUCACAGCUUGACCAACCUUUUGCCAACCUGUAGCCCUCUAGAGCAGUGGUUCUCAACCUGUGGGUCCCCAGAUGUUGUUGAACUAGCAAGGCCAGAGCUCAGGGAUGAUGGGAGUUGUAGUCCAACAAUAUCUGGGGACCCACAGGUUGAGAACCACUGCUCUAGAGUCGCAGGGGCUGGGGCUGAUGGGAGUGGUAGUCCAAAACAUCUGGAAGGCAACUUGCUGGCAUUGGCAUAACUCUAGAUUUGGAUGUGUUUGUUUAAUCAAUGGGUGCCAUGAAUGGCCAUGAUACUCUAAACAUACAGCAGCCUGCAAUCUAAAUUUUCAACAGCAGACAUGACAGAGACAUGACAAGUUCUGGUGUAGCUGGUGAACAACAUAUUUAUCCCAUUCUUCCUCUAAGAAUCUCUGGGCAGAGUCUUAUUUUAUCCUUGCUUGAAUCCUGGGAGAAAGAUUAGUGAUUGGCCCAGCGUCACCCAAUGAGCUUAGUGGUUGGUUGGGGCUUUGAACUUGCCUCUUCCUGGUCUAGACUGAACACUCUUAGGCAGCACUCAUGGAAGGAUGAGCCGCAGCAAACCUUAUGCUCACACACCUCUGGCUUGGCUGUAAGUGGGAGGUAGAAAGCCUCUGCUUCCAUUCUAGAUUAAUCAUUGUUUAGUGUUCCAGCCAAACCAUAAACUCUAACCUAUGGUUUGUUGAAACAAGCUGGUUUCAUAACCUACCAUUUGAAGUUGGCUUGUUUCAACAAAUCAUAGGUUGGAUUAACCACAGUUUGUGCAGUGUUGGAUAUUACAACAAACUGCAGGAAGGCAUAGAAGACUUGUUUAGGCUUAUCUUCAUAGUACUAGAUGCAGCUUAACUCUGUCACACUUGCUCUAAGUUUCAGGUAUUUAGGCUUCAUUUUGUUUUGGGACAAGGACCAAAAUAGUAAGCAAAGGCUCUGUGGGCUUUGAAAGCAUUGAGUGAGGAGGCACAAUAUAGAGGCUGGAUUUUGACAUAUUGUGGAACCAUGGUUUGGGCUACCCAUACUUUGAUCUCCCAGAAGUACAAGCAUACAGUAGGAUAGACCUGCUUGUCUGUUUCUUUUUUCCCAUGUGUUCUGCACACACAUCUUGAACUGGAGCAGUGGCCCAGAAUGUGGUUUGUCAGUGGUCUGUAAAUUCAGACAUAGCAGCGAACCCCAGUUAGCUGAAUCUGGUUUGAAAAUCAGGUUCAAACUGCUUUCAGGUGCUAGUUUGUCAGUCCUAAACAAGCAACUGUUUGUGGGCAGGCUCAGGUUCAAACAUCAGAGCAAACCAUUCUAUCACCCCGAGGCUUAUUCUGUAAAUGGAAUAAAAGGUAAAGGUAAAGGACCCCUGGACGGUUAAGUCCAGUCAAAGGUGACUAUGGGGUUGUGGUGCACAUCUCGCUUUCAGGCCAAGGGAGCCAAUGUUUGUCUAACAGACAGCUUUCCGGACAUAUGGCCAGCAUGACUAAACCGCUUCUGGUGCAACAGAACACCGUGACAGAAACCAGAGCGCACGGAAACACGGUUUACCUUUCUGCCACAGCAGUACCUAUUUAUCUACUUGCACUGGCAUGCUUUCGAACUGCUAGAUUGGCAGGAGCUGGGACAGAGCAAUGGGAGCUCACUCUGUUGUGGGGAUUUAAACUGCUGACCUUCCGAUCGGCAAGCCCAAGAGGCUCAGUGGUUUAGAGUAGACCACAACGCCAGCCGCGUCCCUAGGCUUUAAAUGGAAUGGGGUGUACCUGUGGUACUUGCAAUUUAGUGGCAAUAAAGGUGGAAUUGGAGCAAAGAAAAAAGAAAAGGACUUUCCAAAAUUCCCAACUUGCAUAUGCCAGCUUAAAUCUGAGAUAUUUCUUAGAAUCUUGUCUAUAUUUUGUUUCAGCUUUGAAUAAGAUAGAGAACAAAAUCUUUCCUUCUUGGGGAUCUUCAGGUUUGUCCCCUCGUAUAGACAAACCUGCGUAUAGACAAAUUGCUUAUCACUUAAAAAUGGAAAAGUUUUGUUACAAGGGGUGCAAAAUGAAAGGUUCUGUAGAAUCAUAUAAAAAUGACAGGUAUUAGGACCCAGGAGCUCUGAUGAAAAAUCUGCACCUCAAGACAAUCCUUCCAAGCAUGACUGGAAUUUGGAUUCUUGGAGUGCCUGGUGCCGACUUGCCAAUGAUGCCUUUUCCAUUUCUGCCCCUACAAUUCUCAUGUCACGUCUUUGACAGAAACUCAGAAAGGCUGCUGGGGUGUGUGUGUGUGUGUGUGUGUGUGUAUAGAUAUAAAAAUGAUGGCAGCCCCACUAGUGCCAUCUACCUGGAGUCAGGCUGUGACCCUGCAGAACACAGACCUGAAUUGGCAAAAAGUUACGAUUGGCCCAGAAAUGCUGGCUUCCUUCAAAUCAAAAUGGGAAAAUGGGGAGCCAGCCUUGGGGAUGCAUGCACCUCCCCUUUCCCCUGCCCCCCUCCCAUUUCUUCCCAUGUUUGCAUUGACCACAGUUUUGCAAUAGAUCUGCAAACUGUAGUUGAUUCCCACCAGAGCUGCUGUCUUGACCAGGGUUUGUAAAGCUCAGGUAAGAUAGGAAUCCUGAUUAGCAUCACCCACAGUUAGCAUUGGUGCAGAUUUAUCGGUGAACUGUAGUUUAGGCUUGAAAGGGGAGGGAGAGCAAAGCAUAUGUUGAAGCCAACUCCCAGUUAGUUAUUCCACACCCCCCCAGCAAACUGUCAGCUUCAUUUUGGAAGUGCUUCUCUGAUUCCUUGUCCUGGGUCUGUCUACUGAACUCUCUUUUGAUUUUUUUGACCUGUUUAUGGAGUGACUUGGAAGUUGAAUUGAGUUGAUAGAGAGCUGGUUUAGAGGAUCAUAUCUUGGCUUAAAACCCUGCAAUCGUACUAUAGGCUGCUGACUCACUGAGUUGGUUUGGGUUACCAUUCCUUUGGUUUCACAAGCCAAGGAAUGAACACACAUUUUGCCCUUCAUGCAAGUUGUGUUUAAAGCAGGAAAUAUUUUAUUGACCAUAGUUUACUGUUUCAUAGAAACAAGGAAACGAUGGGUUGCCAGCUUGGGAACAAGACCAGGAUCUUAAACCAGGUAGCCCUUAGUUUCCUAGUUUGGAUGAAAUAGGAAACUGUAGUUCAUUAGCGAUUUCCUGGUUAAAAUUAUGGCUUGUGCAAAGGGUGGGAGGCAGCAACUGCAUGCUAAUAUCUUGGCUUGUCAACCCAAAAUAUAAUAGUUCAAAGCAACUUGGAGUCUGCAACCCCUAGUAAGUUUGGGGGUUCAUCCACCUCUCUCUCUUCACCACCCCCACUCUCCACCGUGGCACAUAGACUCUUCAGUGUUGGCAGUUGAGAAGCUCACUUUUGUCUAGGUUUGUGGGCAGGGUUUAAACAAGAAAUGGAGGAGAAUAUCAAAAUUUCGAAACCAGAGGGUUUAGCGUCAAAAGAGAGAAACUGAAAAUGCAAGUGUUGUGUAUGUUGGGGAGAAGAAACCUGUGUGAACUUCUGAAAUGAGCUCUCUGUUGCUAUGAAGUAGUUGGGUGGUGGUGGGGUAUCCUUUUCUUCCCCUUCAAUCUCUGAAAAUAAUUUUUACACGAAAUACAUUGUGCAGAAUUUGGACCACUUUGGAAUGGGGCAGAUGAGGGCUGACCUUUUAUAGCUCAGCACUCCUAGAAAGGCAUUGCAGAAUAUGGGUCCAUCUGUCUCAUCACACUUGCAUAUUGCCUUCCAUUCAUGCAUGUGACUCUCCUGCUUUAUCCUCACAACAAUCCUGUGAGGGAGGUUAGGUUGUGUGUGUGUGUGUGUGCGUGUGUGUGUGUGUGUGAGAGAGAGAGAGAGAGAGAGACACUUAGGGCUACCCAAUGAAUUUCAUCAAUGAGUAGUUUCGCCCUCUACAUGACCUGGAGUGCAAUUGAUUAGCAUGGUGCACAAUGCCAGGUAAAGUAAGGCUGGAGACGGACAAUAAUUUUACAAGAGUGUAAAGUAAGCAUGGUUCAGGGAUAUUUGCCACACACAAACACAAACACGUUUCUUUUGUCCUGCCACAAUCGCCAGUCCAACAGGUUUUGGAAACUAUAUGAAUGCCCGCAACACCUGUUUGACUGGAUAUGAUGGUGGAAUGAAUGCGCACACUGUAGGGAAAAGCACGCUUGUAUCAUGUUACCUGCAAUAUUGGGGGGGGGGGGGGAGUGGUCCGUGCAAAGAUACAGUGUUCUGUCUUCAGCUUGAAUGCCGGCAACCCUUCCUAAAUUUCACAAUCUCUGCAGACUUGUAGACUCUAAAUUUCCUUCAGGCAGGACCUAGGUAGUCCUGCAGCCACCGCUUGGGGGAGAGAGCAUUUUGCAAACACCGUCAGCUUGGCUCUCCAUCCAGUUCAAAAUUAGAUUCAUUUGAAAAAAGAAGCAGCCCCAUAAAUAGCCCCACAGCUAAAAUAACAUGUCUAUCGUGAGCGGGGAAAAGAAUAGAAAGGAGAAGACGUGUUGAGUGCUGAGCAGCUGCCUUGACCAAAAAUAGCAACAAGUUUUAUAACUCUGGAAAAUUUAGAACAAAAAACCAAGAAAACAAAACGCAAGAAACGUUUUUUGAGCUGAGGGCGGGAGGGUGUGUGAGAGUGAGAAUUUGUGCCGUUCUGUUUUCCUGGAAACAGUCCCUUGUGUUCUCACACAUCCCAGCACUCUGACCAAGUUGGCAGCCUGCCCGAUCCCAGGCAUAUAAUACACUCGACAUCUCUCUCUCUCUCUAAGCUGAACAAGCUGGUGACUCUUCGGAGCUAAUAAAUUGCCUCCGACCACAAAAACAGCUCUUGAUGGGAUUGAACAGCCGCGCUUUGUGUGCGGAAAGUGGGGCGGGGGAAAUGAGACUGAUCCAAUCUGUGUAAGCAUUCUGGCAUUUCCAUGGCACACGCCGUAGCUCUGCCUUGCAAGCAGAAGGUUUGUUUAAAGAAAAAUUCUGUGGCUAUUUCUCACCCCCCCCCUUUGUUUAAAAACCCUGGAGGUGUCCUAGAAACCCGACAAUUAAAACAAUAUCGAAAUAACAUCAGCACUGUGGCUGAGCUUGACAGUACAUCUGACCUCUUUAGUAAGCUGCCCUCAAGCAGACCUGGAAAGCCGUUUUCAUUCCACUCUGCAUUUAAUUGGCUUUUUAUGCAAGCUAGUAAGGGAGCACAGCUGGGUCCUUUUUAUAUACAGGUGUUUAUUUAGUCGGGGUGGUUUUAAGUGCAUUCUAAAUCUUCCUAUGUUUUAUUGUUUCCCCUCUUUUUGUAAGCUACCUUGAGAGGGUUUAUGCCCUGGAGGAUAGGGGCAGGUGUCAAGUAAAGACGUUGUUUCAGCUAAGAAUGGGGAUUUAGCUGGCUUCCUCUUUCUCUCUCCCCCAAGCCACCUUGCAACUUUACUUGUUUGUGGCACCAUGUUUUGGGCCACGGAGGUGCUUCCCACAAUCUGCGCAGCCACUAAUUUUUGUUCUUUUUGCCCAGCUUUGAAGUCUGUGAUCUUGGAACAUCAGGAGCUGCCUUCUACUGAAGGGGACGGCUGUUCCAUUUAGCUCAGUAUGGACCUGACUGGCAGUAGCUCUCUGGAUUUCAUGCAAGGCAAGGGUCUUUUCCCAGCAGCCCUACCUGGAGAGGCUGGGGGCCUUUUUCAUGUAAAGCAAGUUGCCCCCGCCCUCCCUCAGGAGGCAAGAUAGUCUGCAUGCGCUGGAGAAGGGAGCGCUGCUUGUGGACUUCCUUCAGCUUCUGCUGCAGCCCUUUCUGCUCUCUCUGGGGAAAACAGACUCCUUGUUAUUCCCUUCCCCUGCUAAGUGAGUCCGGGGUUGCAGGUCACGAGUUCCAGAGCUCUGGCUUAUGCAGCUGUUCAAAACCAAAACAGAGUCCCAUCUGUUUUCUGUUUCUUCAAGAGCAAAAGAUUUUGGCCCCAUAAGAAGACACUCCCCCCCGCCUGCUUUUUUAAAUUAGAAACUGGCUUAAAGUAUACACAGCAAAAUCAGAAUAAGCUGGGAAUGGAAAUCCAGGCAACCUUGUGGCUUCAUUUUGAGCCCUCAUCUGGGGGCCAAGGGUUGUGCUGCCCAACAGUUAGAGCAGUCUUUACCAAUCUGGGGCCUUCCAGAUGUUUUAGACUACAGCUCCCAUCUGCCUCUGCUGGCUGGGGCUGAUGGGAGUUGUACUCCAAAAUGCUUAGAGGGCAUCAGGUUGGCAAAGGCUGACUUAGAGAAAGGUUACCAGACGUCCCCGUAUUCCUGGGACAGUCUCCGGAUUUACAAAUCAGUCCCCUGGCAAAAUCCAUCUAUUUCGUAGGAAGUUGAAAAGUGUUCCUGGAUUCAUUGAAAAAAAUCUGGUAACCUUAACUUAGAGGCAGGUCGGGCCAAGACAGAGUCACUCAGCAGAUGAAAUUCCGUACAACUGAAGAGCAGCAUAUAGUAUUAUUUUUGCAUGAUGAUCUUUGAGGAUUUCUAAGAGCUGAACGCUUCUCUCUCCAGGUCGGCCCCUGAAACCCUGCAGAGCUGCUGCCAGUCAGUGCUGUGCAGAAACCUGUAUUUCCCCUGUGAAAAUAAACUUCCGUUUUCCUCUUUCCUUCUCAGGGCUCUGUAGAAUUCUGUUGGGCACGGGGUCUUGCUCUUUCUCUGUCAUAGACCACAUUCACACCAUGCAGCUAUAGCCCUGUGAUGCCACUCUGAACAUGUUCUCCUCAUUGAGAUACCAUUCCCAGACUGCCUUAACAAUCUGUCACUCUUCCCAGGGAACUCUGGGAAUUGUCGCUCUGUGAGGGGAAUCGGGGUCUCCUAACAACUCUCGGCACCCUUAACAAACUUCAGCUCCCAGAAUUCUGUGGGUGAAGCUAUAAUUGUUUACAGUGGUAUCAUAAUCAGGGGUGGCCCGCCCUGUUUUGCUGCCUGAGGCGAAAUGGGAAGGUCCUGGCACCCCCCGCCCCACAGCCUCACUUUCUGGGCUUACAUGGUGGUGGUGGGUGGGGUGCCUGUGGGGACACCUCCCUGAAGGAUUCUGCCGCCUGAGGACGGCUGCUUCCCUCUGCCUCGUGGGCAGGACGGUCCUGAUCAUAGUGCUUUCAAUGUAUGGUGUGAAUGUGGCCGUUGUGAGGUGGCCACGGGUUGGUGUAGGUGUGUGUUAUCUUUCCAGUGAACCUUUCUCUAGAUAUCUGCAGCCUCCCCAGCUGCUCACACUUCCUGACCUGAGCAAGCCACGUGGGAGGGGUUCCCUCCGGUUGCUUCCCCGCAAGGGCACCCGGGAAGGCUUCAGAGCACAGACCACCUAUGAGGUGAUUUGUGGAAUGAAGAAAGGACCCUCCUGCUGCCUCAGAAGUAAACUAAACAUGCCCAAAGCCUUGCACCCAAGUCAUAAAAAGGCCAUCAAUACUGUUCCCCCAUUAGUAAUUUCCAAGAUCAAUUCCUUUUCUCAUGAAUGGAUGGCAAAUUGUUUUUGGGAGGGGGAGCGGAACGUGAAAUAUUUCUUUGGCGCAGCCUGUGCACCACCUUGAGGUCCUUGGAGGAAAGGUGGAACAUAAAUGUAAUGAAGGAUAAAAAUACAACAAAAAGAAUCACCAUCUUGGACAUCUGCUGGGAUGUAUUUUCACUUCAGCUCUCUGGGUCUUAGCUGGUCUUGUGCUCCUCCUUGAUUUCUCCAUUGCUUAGAUUUGUGUGUCGUCCUCACACCUCAGGGGUCUCCUGAAACCAAGCCAGAUGGGGCUUUGGAAGCGGGGGAGAAGAGCCCAGCAGAGGACUCUGGAGAUGAGCAGGUGCCCAGCAGCGAGAAGGAGGAGGAGCAGGCCUUCCUUGUCAGCCUGUACAAGUUCAUGAAGGACCGCCACACGCCCAUCGAGAGGGUGCCUCACCUUGGCUUCAAGCAGAGUACGUCCCUUGCCCUCCAUUUUGGUUUCCCUCAGGUCCCCAUUUUCCAGUGUCAAAUUCAGUUCUCCACAUUUCUGCAGAUAUUUUCAUAAUUUUAUCUUACCUUAAAAAAAGUAUGUAUUAUUUAUUCCAAUUCUUCUGGUGCCCCAGGAAGGUCCAAGGAGCCCUCAGCCACUGGAAUUUGGACCUCGUCCCUCCGAAGCUGGAGAAGUGGCAAAUGUUAACAUCAUGUAGUGGUUCUAAAAAAUAAAUUAAAAAACCAGGCAUGGGGGAGGUUUAAGCCUUUCCACUCCAGCCUUGAUCUUGGUCACCCCACUUCCCCAUGUGUCAAUGAUCAUUAAAAAAACCCCAAAACCUCCUCAUAUUGGUUCCUGUGCUAAUUGCUCUGUGUGUGGUGUUUUUUCGUUUUUUAACCUGAGGUCAUGGCUCUGGAGGGAAAGCUUAACCCCCCUCCCCUGCCCCUUGCCUCAUUUUUUAAAAAGCCCAUGUAAUAAGUGAUCAGGCCCUUUGAUUUCAUUAGGCUCAACCUUUCAAGCACGACUUUGCAUCCAUGAGGACUAGAGGCUUGCUUAAACGAAACCUUUGAUCUUCAGGAAGGAGGUUUUCUGCACUUCUAAGGAACUACAGUCUGUUGUUAUCUCUUGCUAUGCUGAUUCCUGGAUGUUUUUCUUCUUCUUCUAGUUAACCUGUUUAAGAUCUACAAAGUUGUGGAAAAGCUGGGAGCCUACGAACUGGUAAGAAGAAAUUAUAAAUCUGUCUAUCAUCUUUCUAUCUAUCGUUUUAAUUCUAUCAAUGUUUUGCUGCAUUUUAAUGAUUGUUUUUUUAAAUGAUUUUAGCAGUUGUUUUUAUCUGUAAGCUGCCUUGAGUCUGACUACGAAAAAGCCACGGUAUAAAUAAAUUUAUAAUUAUUAUUGAUGCAAGUCCUAGUCCAAAACCUCAGGAGGGUAGCAGAUUAGCUAAGGCUGCCUUGGAUGCUUUAUUUGUGUUCCACUAAAUGUACCCAUAGCAGCAAGCAACAGAACAUAAAGCCUAAACAACACUAUUUUCAUAUUGGUUUACAGUGGUACCUCGGUUUAAGAACAGCCCUAUUUACGAACUAUUCGGUAUAUGAACUCUGCAAAACUGGAAGUAGUGUUUCGGUUUACGAACUUUACCUCAGUCUACGAACGGAAUCCGAACGGUGGAAGGGCACCAGCAGCGGGAGGCCUCAUUAGGGAAAGUGCGCCUUGGUUUAAGAAUGGAUUUGGUUUAAGAACGGACUUCCGGAAUGGAUUAAGUUUGUAAACCGAGGUACCACUGUAUUAUCGCCACACAAUAUACCAUACAAAUAUAACAGCCACCAGUUUCUAUAAGCAGUAAGUAAGGACAUACUACAACUAACACUGUUGCCAUGAAAGUAUUAUUCCAGCUUUUGGUGAGAUAGGGACAUCUUUUGGACUCCAGGGACACUGACAGCCUGUUUGAUACCUUUUAAGUUUGUCCCAAAUCUCCAGUGAUCUAAAAUGGCCCAUUGAUUGAUUGAUGGAUUUGCCUGAUUGAUUUAAUUCAUUUAUACGCUACCUUUCCACAGCAAAGGGUGCUCAAAGCAGCUCAUGACAGGCAUCUCUUGUUACCAAAAUACAUUGGCAAGGUGGAGAAAAAGUAGUUUACGAAAACAUAUCAGUGAAUCAAUGAUGUUAUUGAUGCUCACAGCUGUGUGAAGAGCAAGGCGGGGGGGGGGGGAGAGGCCAGCUAGCUCUGGUGGGCAAAAGCGGACUCUUACGCCCAGCAUAGGAGUUGGGUGUGAGGCAGCGGGGAUCAGAGGAGAGCCAUUUUCAGCAAACACAAAUAAAAACAUUGUGAAACAAACCCUCACCUCAAGCAAAGUAACAGCUGCAGCACACAUUUAACGCACUAUCAUACCACUUUAAAUAGUCAUGGAAUCCCCCCAAAGAAUCAUGGGAAACGUCGCUUGCUAAGGGUGCUAAAAUUCCCAGAGUUCCCUGGGAAGAGGGAUUGAUUGUUCAACCGUUCUGGGAACGGCAUCUCUGUGAGGGGAAUUGUGGUCUCCCAACAGCACCCUUAGCAAACUGCACUUCCUGGGAAGCCAUGACUGUUUAAAGUGGUGUGGUACUGCUUUAAGUGCAUAGUGCAGUUGGGCGCUAGUGAAACGCCGCUCCAGUUGUUGCUGCUGUAAUUUAGGGCAACCUCAUUAUUGCAAACUACAUUUUGAAUCUUGAAGCUGGGAGAGGCUAGGAAGAAGCUGCCUGCCGGAUCAGACCAAAUGCUCGUUGAGUCCAGCAUCCUGUAGCCUGUGGUCACAGUGGCUGAGCCCACAAGCAGGACUGGAGGCAGGAGCACUCUCAAAAUUGUGUUCCCCAGCAACUGACAUUCUCCUUACCCCCAUUCUGCCAAGGGAUGGUUUAUCUUUUCUUGUGAAUGGUGAAUGUUUGUGUGUUCGUAAUACUGACUUGCUCUCCCCCCCCCCUUGGCAUCUCGGGGCUUCACUCGUUUGCUUCCCAUUGUAGGUCACUGGGAGGCGUCUUUGGAAGAACGUGUAUGACAUGUUGGGGGGCAGCCCAGGGAGCACCAGCGCCGCUACUUGCACCCGGAGGCAUUACGAGAGGUAUUGGACUGCUGCUGCUUCUCUUUUCACUAGCCUUGGCCAUCCUGGCACCCUCCAGAUGUUGCUGGACUGUGCUGGCUGGGUCUUGCAGUCCAGUAAUGUCUGCACGAUCUACCUGGUCCUGCAAGAAAGAGACCUGCCUGGGAGGCACAAACAAGGCCAGGGUCAGACAGUGAGGUUCUCUCCAGAUGUGGAGGGACUCCAACUCCUGCCGGCCUCAUCCAGCAUGGCUGGGUGUUGUAGUCCAGCCAUAACAUCUGGAGGACCCCACUUCAGCUCCCGAGGCAAGACAGUGGAUCUAAAUGUUGCACCCAGAAAGUCUCUCUUGGAUUUUGCACUUGAACUGAACUGCAAAUAAAUAAGCAAAGCCUUCAGUAAAAUACAUUUAUAAGUAAGAGAUCAAUCAACCACAACUUUAGUUUCGUGCUCUUUUAAUUUUUUGGACUAUUUUGCUUCUGGUGUGUUUCAGUAAUAGGGAAGGAAAAGGUCACUUUCUGUUCCUUUCUAAGUAUCUAUACCAGUUCCUUCUAAGAAUCAAAAACCUCUGGUUUAAUAAACAUAACUAUUUUGCACUUCCUUCGGUAUCUUCAAAAGGCACCUCAUGGUGAUGUGCUGGCUUUUAUUUAAAUGUAACUCACUCGGGGCAUAGCAUGGGGGGGGGCUUCUGGGGCAACUGCCCUGGGCACAUGGGGGGGGGGGUGUGCUGCUAACGCCGCCCUCGCUGAGCCAGCCCUGCACCGGUGUCGCUCCGGCGACUCGUGUCACUUUGGUGGCAGGGGCUGGCCAGGCGCAGGGGGCUCCUUCGCCCUCCACUUGCAGCCCCCUGGUGAGGAUGCAUACUUCCUCCCUGGACAGGCUGUGAGCAUGCUCCGCUGCUGUAACUAACUGCCAAAUUUAAAGCCGUUUAUGGCUCUGCAGUAAAGUAUAGGUAGUCAAAGCUCGUAACUUGGGCUUAUCAAUGCUUUAGCAUGUUUUGCUCCAUAUAUAUAAUUUUGGCAAGGAGUAGCUUAAUGGAGAAAGGGCAGGUAAUUAUUCUAAAACUGAGCUUUCACUGGCAACUUUGGGCUGGAGAUACUGCUUGUGUAUUUCAAACACACUUUCACAACCAUGAGGACUAGACGCUUUCUUUAAAGUUUUAAAACGACAGCUGAGUCAAAAAUCUGCUGCGUUUGGCAGAACCUGUGGGGAAUUCUGCAUGUGUGGGUUGGCUGUGGGGCUGAGGAACUCCAGUAGCGGGUGUGGCCAGCUGGCCGAUGGCCUCUCACUGUCCCGCCAUGUCAUGAUGUUCUUUUCCUUGGCUUGUACCUGCUUCUCAGGCUGGUCCUCCCGUACGUCCGGCACCUGAAAGGCGAAGACGACAAACCCCUGCCCCCUGCCAAGCCCCGGAAGCAGUACAAGGUGUCCAGAGAGCCAAAGGGGGCCAAAGGGAGUGGGCCUGUGGAGAAGAAGAGGGCCAAGAAGGAGAAGCUGAGGGACCAGGUAAAGCUCUCCCAGAGCUGGUGGGGUUCGGGUGCCAAAACAUUGGGGCAGUGUAAUUUUGGGGGACCUUAUGCCUCCCGCCCCCUGGUCUGUUUCUCGGCUAAUAAAUACAGUCGUACCUUGGGUUACAGAUGUUUCAGGUUGCGCGUUUUCGGGUUGCACACUGCGCCAAACCUGGAAGUACCAGAAGGGGUUACUUCCGGGUUUUGGCGCUAGCGCAUGUGCAGAAGCGCUAAAUCGCGCUUUGCACAUGCACAGAAGUGCCGAAUCAUGACCCGCGCGUGCACAGAUGCGGCGCUGCAGAUUGCGAACGUGUCUUCCGCACGGAUCACAUUUGCAACACAGGCAUCCGCUGUACCACCAAUCCCUUUGGCUUGGAACAUUUUUGGAGCUUGACUGCCCUCUAGCGGUCAGUCAAUAACAACCACCUUCAUCUGAUUUGCUUUGCCUGUUAAUUCAGGUCAGGGUAAAUUGGCUUGUGUACCUGCCCAGCACCUGACCAUAGCUUUCAACUUUUCCCUUUUCUUGUGAGGAAUCCUAUUCGGAAUAAGGGAAUUUCCCUUAAAAAAGGGAAACGUUGACAGCUAUUCACCUGACACCUCAUGGGACUUCAGGGGUGGUUUGGAGGAAAUGGCCUUGUGGGUCAGAGGUGCUGUCACUGGUCUAGGAGGCUGAGCAGGGAGAUUUGCAGAUGGGGGAGUGGAGGAGCAGGGCUGGCAGCAAGGGCCUUUGGCUUGGAAACUGGUAAAACUUAGAAGCGUGUAGCACAGUUGGCUGGAACCUUGUGGGCUUCCCGAUGUUGCUGAACUACAGCUGCCAUAAACCCCUGCAAGGAGUGACGGUGGCCAGGAAUGAUGGGAGUUGUGGUUCAGCUGAAGUUUCCCCAUAUCUGGUUUAGCUGGGUUGCUGUGUAUUCUGCAGUGUUUGGCAUUGGAUCAGAACUCGGGUUCCUGAUAAUGGUUUUUUAAAUGUAAGUUUCAAGCCUUUCUUUCCCUGAAGUGAGCAGGCAGUUCCUGCUGAAAUUCCAUCUGCCAAAAGGCAGGGUUUUGAGGCACCAUGUAGAAAACAGUGUGCAAAAGCAUUUUUAUUUUCAUCCUUUAAUUCAGACUGCAAUAGGAGUUUGGGCUGAUUUAGUUCAUUUUCUUGUUUCAAGUGCAGAGAACACACAGAUCUGAGUUUCUGAGCUGUAAAGAGAGUAGUAGUAAGGAACAUUCUCUGCACCCUCUGCUGUAUCUUGUGGGGUGAAAACAUCAGCAGGGUGGGGGUUGGCAUUCUGGCUGGGGCUGAGGCAAGUUGCAGUCCAAGGCAGCCGGAGGGAACCCAGUUCACUGGCUUAACUUUCCAUGCACCACAGUCCAUGUUAUUAGGGGCAUGAAGUGCAGUUCUGAACUGGCAAGCGCAGAAGGCACAGACAAGGAUUCCUUGGAAGCGAAACAGCUGCAGCGACGAAUUAAUAGUACAGCUAUGAUAUUACCUGGGGCUGCACCUCUAUGCGCUCCAUUCACCUGUACCCCAAGUUGCCUCCCCCCUUCCUGACAGGUCCCAAUCUCCACCUGUACCGUAAAUGUCUCUUUUGAUUGCAGAUCUUGCCAGAGAAGCCGACCCCUGAUGCUGCCUCUGCUGCCAAGCCUGCCAGCGACCCCCAGCAGAGCCAACUGCAAGAGCAGCCCGAGGGGUGCCCCUCUCUUCCAAAUGGCCGCGAGGCCUCUGAGAGCCAGGCCCCUGACGCCUGCCGUGGCAACUGCCGUGCCCAUGGCUGCUCCGAGGCCUACAAGAGGCUCUUCUCCAGCUUCUACUUCAAAGGGAACCACGGCAUCAUGUCUCCCUUGGCCAAGAAGAAGCUCCUGGCUCAGGUGAGCAAGGAUGAGUCCCUGUAUGGUCACCAGAAGCACCUCAGCCACUGCCCAGAGUACAAGAAGGCCAGGAUCCGAGAGGUCCCUGGCUCGGACACAGAGGCUGGUCCCAAGAAUCCGCUGGCCACCAGCCUCCCCCUGAAAGAGGGGCAAACUCCAGCGCGGGAGGUAGACGGGUCCAUUGGCUCAGCUGGUUCCUCUCAGCCCUCGAAAGCCAGUGAAGGGGGGUUGAAAGCGUCCCCGAGCCUCACGGAGGGCCACCUGCCUCAGAAAGCAGACGACGCUUGCUGCGGGGGCCACCCAUCGCCUGGUCUACCUCUCGUCAGGGGCUACUUCCACACAUCCCGAGGUGAGGUCAUGAAACCCAUAAGUUGCCAUCCUCUUCGAGGACCAGUGGAGUAUUAUGGUGGCUUUAAGAAUUUCCCGGAGGUGGCAGCAGCUUCUGCCUAUCAGCAGCCUGGCAGCGAUGUGCUGUUGAGUCGCCUGCCUCAGAAAAAGCAGGAAGGCUCCGAAGACCAGCCAGAAGAUCUCCGCCGGAAGCCGAGUCAGCCUCUGCCCUCCUGGAGAGGGGAUGGUCAGCAGCAAACCUCCCCCUUCCGGGUGAGCAGCCCCGGGGGCAAGAGAGGCUCCUCCCCCUUUCCCCACGCCAAGCCCUCGUGGGCGCCCCCGGUGGCCACCCUGGCCAAGGUCAGCCCGCAAGUCCUUAAGAACGGAGGCCAUUCAGUUUCUCAAGUGCAGGCCGGCAGUUUGGCUCAGAAGAAACGAGCCAUGGAAGAGGAGCUGUUCCUGCAGGGCAAGAGGCUGAAGGCCGUCACCCCUUUCGUCAAGGAGGUGCAGUCCAGCAAUGGGCUGGAGCGUGGCACUUCCCCGAGCGGCCAGCAGGCGGUGGCAAAGCCCAAGGCUGCUGUGCAGAGUUCAGGUUUUCCAGUUGCUCCCGUGCCUCAGGUUCAGGAUAUGUACAAAGGGACGAUGUUGAGGCUCCCUGUGAACUUUAGCACCCCGGGGGAGCACUUGAAAGGGCAGUCGGGCUCACUGAUUCCUUCCCUGUCCAUCAGUCCGUUCAUUAUCCCGGCCUUCCCCACCCCCUUAUUAACUGCUUCCGUUCAGCCCUCUGACCUGUGCCAGCCGCUGGCCCACUACCCCACCUCUUACGACAGUGUUCUCCGCCACCGCCUCUACCCGGUUUCAACGUGGCACAGCCAGCCAGCCUACGCCUCCCCCCACGUGUCAGCCUUCCACCGGAACACCAAGCUGUAGCCUCCAGCCGGGAGCCCCCAGGGGGCGGCAAGGUUUUUGGACCAGGCACACCACAAGUUGGAAUCUGCAGCUGCGCUGCGUUGCCAGCAUUUGGGGCUGCCCAAUCUUUGAAGGCUCUUCCUUGGGAAAGCAGCAGGGAUGCAACCGUCAGGACCGUGUAAUUUUCGUUUUUAAACAAAAACCAAACACUUCCACUCACCCGCAAAACUCUUGAACUUUGAAAUGUAUUUGUAUCUGGUAUGAUAUGCAAAUGAUGUGCGCAAAAGAACAACAACAACCAUUAGGGAACAAAGCUCCUAUAAAGAGAGAUUUAUAUCUGUGGUAAUGCUGGGCGCAAUUCCGUUCCGAUUCUUUCCUACAUUAUAAACACAAGUGCCUAGUCCUCAAGGUCUCUGUUUGAGCUUGGCUGUGGGGGAGGGGCUGAGGGUGGCUUCCUUUGUGCAGACAGGUGCCCUGAGCCUGCUCAGAGGGGAGGGGAGCUUACUGGCCAGCAAACGGCACUCUGUGCAUGAACGGAAUCCUCUCCGCAGCGUGGGAAGAAAAGAAUCCCAGCCAGUCAAUGGGAUCCAUGCCCAGUUGAGUGUUUAUGUUUAGUGCUGCUUUGCAAGUGCACUGCACCAUGGGCCUGGGAGUUGUGGAGGGUGGAAGAGAGGCUCAGGUGUGCGUCUAUGCCCCCCCCUUUCUGGUGAAUGCCAGGGUUGGCUGCAGCUCUCAGCGCUGCAACAUGUAAAACAUCUCCUCUUUCAAGACUCCUUUUCACCCCCUAAGCACCUCUAGUCUCCUUGCUCAGGCUAGUUGUGCAGCAUCUGCCAAAGCGAAAGACUGUCCUACAUCCAUUCAGUGGGGCUUACCCCACCCUUCCAUUUCCAUUGCCAGGAAUGGGAAAUCAGGUGGUGGUGGGGUUUGAUGUGAGACAGGUACCCUAUUCCCUAAACACAUUUUUCUUCUCACAGCCCAAUGUGGAAAUAAAUAAACUGGAGGCACCUUUCACCUGUCAUCC